GUCGAUGAGCCUGCACGCCUCGUAUGUCGUCGUCCCAUCCCUAGUCUCAUUCUCAUCCCAUCCAAUGUUCCCCGCCGCACGCUGCUCCGUCCCUGGUCUCUACCCCCACCCGAACGCAGCCGCCUGCCGCCGUGCGCCGCCGCCCACCGCCGUGUCAGCCAAGGCGCGCCGCUCGAGCCGAGGCUCCCGCCGCGAACGCUCGUGGGACGACGGCGGCGGAUCGGAUUCCGACGUCGACGACGGCUUCUUCGGCCAAGAGCAGGGCGAGGAGGAUGAGCCAACGCCCUCCCCCGCCGGACGUCCCGCCCCAGCAGCGCCCCAGCUGCGGGGGUCCGACGUGCUGCGCGCGCUGCAGAGGGCCGCCGCGGCCAAGGAGGCCGCCAGGAACAAGAAGAAGCCGGCGGCGCGCCAGCGGCAGGGGAAAGAGAGGCCGGCGGGUGGCGACGUGGAAGCCCGGGAGGUGAGGCCCGUGGUGAUAAGGCCCGAGUGGACGGCGAGGAUCCGGGAGCUGGAGCUCAGGGUGCAGCAGCUCGCCGCCGACAAGUAGCACCGCUACCGGUAGUCAGUACAGUGCAGAAGGAAACGAAGCUAAACAGUUGGAUUUUUUUUAGUACAGUGCAGAAACCACCGACCAACCAGUCUCAUCGUCUUUGCGCUCUCGAAUUCGUUCACUGUGUGUCUGUCGGUCUGUCUCAAAGAUGGAUUUUUUUUAGAACCAAAUGAUGAGACACACAAUUCUGCUGCCCACGUGCUAGCAGUUGCAUUCCAGCUCAGAAGCACUCCAAAACGGCAAAACUGAUGCUAGGUUGAAGAAUUUUUUAUUUCGACUGUAGUUUUUAUAGUAUUUUGUUGCUAGGUUGAAGAUUUUUUUUUAUUUUGACUGUAGUUUUUAUAGUAUUUUGUCUUUAUAAAUUAUAGCUGCAUCAAUGAUUGAGCUGAACAUGAUGUUCGAUUAAGACCA